AUGUCCGGAAGGAACGCGCCGCGCUCGAAGAAUGGCUGCAGUACUUGCCGCCGGCGCAAGGUGAAAUGCGGCGAAGAACGUCCCGUUUGCAACCGCUGCGUGAACCUACGCCUGAACUGUGAGUGGGGGGUGCCCGUGAAGCGCGGUCGCAGUGGUCAGAUCCGACAUCUCCAACCCGCGCCAACCUCUGGCCCGGAUCAGCUCAUCUGGCCAGCGCCGGACGCUGGCGAGGUGGUGGAUAUCGCCCCAGAGGCUCUGGUCGCCGGUCUCUCCCCCGUCUCCUGGCCAGGCGACGCGAUCGUCCUGGAGACGCCCCCAAUCGCCCCAUUCUAUCCGGCCAUUCCUCCCCCGGCCCGAAUCCCGACUCCGCUCUACCCGCCAUUGAGUGUCACAGAAGUCGCUUGCGCCAAUUCCCUCACGCUAACCGAACAUGAUCAAAAAUACUUUCAAUAUUUCCCUUCCUCCUCCAUCGUCUACUAUUAUAUGAAAGGAUGGCACUGGAGCAGCUUGUGCUAUCUAUAUCAAGGCCCCGCGGCCACCAACAAGGUGAUCAUGCGCAUGAUCCUGGCGUUGUCCGCUAGUGAUAUGCACCGGCAUGGAUUGGUCGUGCGAUCCCCCGGCCGUCCCACAGCAGAAGAUCAUGGUAGAUAUCACUACAGCCUGGCGGUCAAGGAAUUCCGGCAGUUGCUCGAGACUCCCCGGCGGCACGUCUCGGUCGCGGAGCUGGAGACCAUCUUUGCCACCAUGUUUCUUAUGGUCACUUAUGAAUGGCAAUUUGGUCACUCCGUCCGGCAUCUCCAAUUACAUCUUCAUGGAGUCCGAUCCCUCAUCGAGUCCCAUCCCCAACUAUUCCGCCUUAAGGACGUGAACGAUGUCCUUUUGACGCCUGAGAAAUCUCCGAACAACGCAUCCUCGGAAGAGACUACCACUAGUUCCAGAGUCUCCUUCAUCUCUGAACAGUUUCUCCUCUGGAUCUUAUACAUCGACGCUAGCUGCCGACCCAUGGGCUUGACCGAGUCAUUAUACGACUAUGUCAUGCAAUCCAACAAUCCAGCAUUGCAUCCUGAUCAUCUACAUCGAUGUGCCCGUCUAUGGGGCCGGUGUUUUUGGGGUGAAAAGUAUCCCGAUCAAGAGGUGUUGGACGACAUUGAAAACUACCGAGCCCUCGAGCUACUACAUUCUGGCUUUGUUAUGCGCUAUCGAACUUGGAGAGUGCUUGUGGACUCGGGGGCUGGAUCUGAAUCGGCCGAGUCGCUUUUCCGAGAGAUCCUAUCCAUUCGUGAGAAAUACUCCGAUUUGUUCAUCACAGCGAGAUACGCCGGCACUGUCUCGGCCCGGCGCACGCUCAACACCAUCUUUAUGGCCGUAUGCACGUUCUACGCUCAGAUUCUGCUCCAUCGUCGACUCCUCUGCGUGGAAAGCCCGCCGGCCGCCAUUCACCGACAAGCAACGGCCGGGAUCGUAGAUAUUGCUCAGAAACAAUUCGCAUCCGACCCACGGCUGCUGCGUCGGCUCCAUUGGCCGCUCUUGAUGGCAAUCAUCGAGACCGGUGAUACUAGCCACCAGGUGUGGCUUCGUCAACGUCUUUUUGAACUGCGCGACUUCCAUUCGGAAUACGUGUGGGCGAACGAGGUGGCCGAUGAUAUCCUAGUCCAGCAGGACGUGAACCAGGGCUGUUACGUGAAUCUCGCCGAUUUGCUCCUUCAACGGUUCCAUCCGCAAUAA